UUGUGAACAGGAUUGACAGUUUGGGGUGAUUUACAAGAUUCCUUCUUCGAGUGUUUCCUAUUCUUUUAGUAAUUUUAUUAUUUAUUUACAUUUUGGCUGCGUUGGCUUGUCGUUGCUGGGCCCCGGCUUCCUCUCCAGUGGUGGCAGGCAGGGGCUACUCUUCAUUGCGGUGCACGGACUUCUCUUUGCGGUGGCUUCUCUUGUUGUGGAGCACGGGCUCUAGGCGCUUGGGCUUCAGUAGUUACAGCUCACGGGCUCUAAAGCACAGGCUCAGUAGUUGUGGCGCAUGGACUUAGUUGCUCUGUGGCAUGUGAGAUCUUCCCGGACCAGAGCUCGAACCCGUGUCCCCUCAUUGGCAGGCGGAUCCUUAACCACUGCGCCACCAGGGAAGCCCUCCUUUGACUUUUAAAUGUUCUCUUGUCUUACAGGAUCCUAAAUUUUGCCCUUCACAGGACAGUCCCAAAGGGCAUCCGUCAUUCCUUUUCCUUCUUCUCAGAAGCCCCGCCUCGCCAGUUCUGCCUCACCGAGUUGUACACACACUUGGCUCUUUCUCCAGAGGCUGCACUCAUCUCCCAGAACGUUUCGUCGGUGUCUUCAUACCUAGUUAUGCGGGCCUCUCACUGUUGUGGCCUCUCCCGCUGCGGAGCACAGGCUCCGGACACGCAGGCCCAGCGGCCGUGGCUCACGGGCCCAGCCGCUCUGCGGCAUGUGGGAUCCUCCCGGACCGGGGCACGAACCUGUGUCCCCCGCAUCAGCAGGCGGACUCUCAACCACUGUGCCACCAGGGAAACCCAAUAUAUUGAAUCUUAUAAGAUUGUUUAAAAAAGUAGAAACAAAUUGCUUUUUAAAUGUGAGAAGUGUAACUUGCCUUAUAAAAUUAGUUUCUAGAAUUAAAAUAUAUACUUUGUCUAUAUAUCCUGCAUUAUGUAUUUCAUUCACUGGUGUAUCCGUUCAUUUAAUAUUCAGACACUUCCCUUCCUGACCACCUACUAUGAGCAAGGUACUAUGCUAGGCCCUGGGGGUGCCACAGAGAGUCAGGAAGAACUCCCCACCUUCUAGGGGCUCCUACUGGAGUGGGGAGAAAUGGAUGUGGUAGAGACAGUACUCACCAAAUAUUUAAAUGCCUUCUUACAUUUCCCAGCCUCUGGGGCCAUGUGACUAGUUCUGUCUAGGGAACUGUGACCAGAGUGAUGCAUGUCACAGCUAAGGCAGCUAUGAGCCAGUGUGACUGCUCCAGCUCUGCCUACUCCUGCAGCGAUGACCUCAGGGGUCACACAUGCCAGACGGCAUAGCUAUAAGAUGGACAGGGCUGCCAGACUGUAUUAAAUCUUUCGUGAGUGAGAUAGAAAUCUUUUCUGUGUUAAGCUAUUUCCCUCCUUUUUUAAAAUUGUGGUAAAAUGUACAUAAUGUAAAAUUUAUCAUUUUAACCAUUUUUAAGCAUGCAGUUCAGUGGCAUUAGCACAUUUGCAGUGUAUACCCUUGUUUUUAACAGAUAACCAGAUAGGUUCUCAUUUGAAACUUUGUGAAUAUCCUGUUCACCUACAACUUUUUAGUAUCCCACUCCGUGACCUAUGGGCCAAAUCUGCCACCUCUUUUUGUAAUAAAGUUUUUGUUUGUUUCUUAGUUUUUAUUUUAUUUUAUUUAUUUUUGGCCAUGCUGUGUGGCACGCAGGAUCUUAGUUCCCUGACCAAGGAUUGAACCCAUGUCCCCUGUAGUGGAAGUGCCAAGUGUUAACCACUGGACCGUCAGGGAGGUCCCUAAAUUUUUAUUUUAUAUUGGAGCCUAGUUGAUUAACAGUGUUGUGUUAGUUUCAGGUGUACAGCAAAGUGAUUCACUAAUACAUAUACAUGUAUUUAUUCUUUUUCAAUUUCUUUUCCCAUCUAGGUUAUUACUGAAUAUUGGGCAGUGUUCCCUGUGCUAUACAGUAGGUCCCUGUUGGUUAUCCAUUUUAAAUAUAGCAGUGUGUAUAUGUCAGUCCCAAACUCCCAAUCUAUCCCUCCCCGCCGGCCUUCCUCCCUGGCAACCAUAAGUUUGUUUUCUAAGUCUGUGAGUCUCUUUCUGUUUUGUAAAUAAGUUCAUUUGUGUAAUAAAGUUUUAUUGGGACACAACCACGCCCAUUCAUUUAUGUAUUGUCUAUGGCUACUUUCACGCUAAAACGCCAAAGUGAAGUAGUGACAGAGACCAUAUAACCUGCAACACCUAACAUAUUUACUCUCUGGCCCUUUAUGGAAAAAGUUUGCUGACCCCUGCUUUAUGGAACAGGUAUUUAAGUUUUUAUCUUUAUUAAAAUAAUACAUGCACAUAUUUGAAAAGGAAAUAGCACUAAAAGUUUUAUUUUUAAAAAGGCGAGCCCUGCUGCACUGUUCUUCACACCAGCACCACUCCUAAGAGAUGUUUCGUUCUUUUACUUGUCUUUUCUAGCAUUUAUAGUUCUAAGUAAUAUCCUCAUUCCACUAUUUCUUGAUUCAACAAUUUUAGACACUAACUAUUGACUAACCUAGUAUAGGCCACUAUCCUACUUUUUAGUGCAAGAUUAUAAAUAAAUUUACCAUUUCUUAGCUGAAAGGUAAUGUUUUUUUUUUAAGAACUUUUUUUGUAUUUUAUUUAUUUAUUUAUAUAUUUGUUUUAUUUAUUUGGCUGUGUUGGGUCUUCGUUGCUGCGCGUGGGCUUUCUCUAGCUGUGGUGAGCGGGGGCUACUCUUGGUAGCGGUGGCUUCUCUGGUUGUGGAGCACGGGCUCUAGGCGCGCGGGCUUGAAUAGUUGUGGCUUGAGGACUCUAGAGCGCACGGGCUUAGUUGCUCCGCGGCAUGUGGGAUCUUCCCGGACCAGGGCUCGAGCCCGUGUCCCCUGCCUUGGCAGGCGGAUUCUUAACCACUGCGCCACCAGGGAAGUCCUGAAAGACCUCGUGGGUGAUGGAGCCAGAAAUCACCAUUUGAAAUGUCAGCUCUUAAACAGCGUCUUGGAACACUGCGUGGGGAAUCAUACUGGUUGACGUUCAUAGACUUGUGGUCCUACUGUGAGUGAACAGUCUGAAGAUUUAUAGCAUGCAGAUGUGCUGAGGCCCAACUUUGUUGGAUCUGAGGCGUGUGGGGCACUCAGGUAGCCGGUCAGCCAGCUGCAGCUGCUUUUUCUGAGGGGUCUUCUGUGCCAUCUGGCUCUUCCAUUGCGUCACGUCUGUUACACUCCUCCCGCCUGCUGGCGUGUUGGCUCCGCAACAGCAGUUCAGCUACCGUGGCCUGUUUCCUCUUCAACCCCACAGAGAGGUCAGCCUGAAUCAACAUGUCUGGGACUGAAGAAGCAAUUCUUAGUGGCCAUCCUGCUGGUGGCAACUCUGUAUUAUGCUUUGGUCAGUACCAAUACACAGCAGAAGAGUACCAGGCCAUCCAGAAUGCUCUGAGGCAGAGGCUGGGCCCAGAAUACAUAAGUAGCCGCAUGGCUGGAGGAGGCCAGAAGGUGUGUUACAUCGAGGGUCACAGGGUAAUUAAUCUGGCCAAUGAGAUGUUUGGGUACAAUGGCUGGGCACACUCUAUCACACAACAGAACGUGGAUUUUGUUGACCUUAACAAUGGCAAGUUCUACGUGGGCGUCUGUGCAUUUGUGAGAGUCCAGCUGAAGGUGAGGGUGAUGGAGGGGACGUGCUGCCUGCAGGCACGGGGCAGGUGGGAGAGUGAGCAGGAUGGUUCGUAUCAUGAGGAUGUGGGCUAUGGUGUCAGCGAGGGCCUCAAGUCCAAAGCCUUGUCUUUGGAGAAGGCGAGGAAGGAGGCAGUGACCGAUGGGCUGAAGCGAGCACUGAGAAGUUUCGGGAAUGCACUUGGAAAUUGUAUUCUGGACAAAGACUAUCUGAGGUCACUAAACAAGCUUCCACACCAGCCGCCUCUUGGAGUGGACUUAACUAAAGCGAAGAGACAAGACUUUGAACCAUCUGUGGAACAAGCCAGAUAUAGCAGCUGCCGACAGAACCUGACUCUGGGACCCCCCAAACCACAGGAGGUGACGUCCCCUUGCAGACCAAGCCACCACGUUGUGAUUCAGGGGAUGAGGACAGCAGCUCCGGGUGCAGGCCACGUGCCCUCCCCGCCCCUGCUCCUUCCCAGAAGCCCGACCUCCGCCGCCACAGAGAGCGAUGCCACGUACCAGCGGAAGCUCCGGCAAAGACAGCUGCAGCAGCGGUUCCGGGAGCAGAUGGAGAAACAGCAGCAGGAACCCCCGUCUGGCCCACCCGCCGAGAAGCAGGGUCCUGGAGAAACAAACUUCUCAGGUUUUUUUCGCAGUUUGAUGAGAAGAGAGGAUAUAGUAUCGUCCGUCCUCUUUUAUACGGAUCUGCAGCAGCUCUGCCACCGGAGCCACCUGCCGGAACUGCUGCUUCAGAGCCGCUCACCCAGACAGACGUGUUUCCAGGUCAGGAGGGCUAGAGGAGUGACUUCAGUCCUAAUCAGUAAAUACCUAUCAAGUGCCUCACCUCGUUUGCUGAUGCUGCAUUUGCUUGUGACCCCUGUCCUUGCAGACAGUCUUGAAAUGUGGUACAUGGCUCUAGAUGCAGGGGACAGUGUGGUCAAGCCCUUGUCUAAACCAGAACCGCCACAGACCCCUGCCGCCUCCGUCCUGCAGAACGAGAUGGAGACCUGGAACAGGACCCCACAGAGCCUUUGCCACCAGAAUCCACAGGCAAAAUCUGGACCCUGGCACCUUCAAACUUACAACCUUAACCAACACGUAACAGGAGACUGUGAUUCAUAUAGGAAGAACCAGGACACGAAGAAAAGGAAAUUGGAUCCAUCUUGACCAAGGCUCCGUUCACCUCACUGGAUUCUGUCGCACAGGGACUUUCAAAAACUGCUUCUUGGUCAUGAAAUGACUCAUCAUUCCUAGGGAAUGAGCUUUACCUCCGGGGAUUUACCUUGCUUCAUGCUCAACUUCGCCAGAGGAUUUCACUAUUGGAACCUGACGCAGAUCAAGCUGGGCAGGUUGGGAAGCCCUGCGGAGAUUAAACAAACAAACACCUUU